AUGUCACACCUCAACCUCACCAGCCCCGGCUCAACCCUUGCGGACGGACUCUCGGCCACCACAAACGCUGCCUACGCCGAGUCGGACAGCACGACAGAGCUCAACGCUGAUAGCGACACCAGCAUCUCAGAAACCGGUGGCCUGUCUGACCCUGGUUCCCGGCGCAAGAUGGGACAUUCGAAGCCCAUCAGGGAGCAAGUAGGCGGGCUGUACGAAGAGAAUGUCACGGCCAAGAUCUUCCGGACCGCCGCCAAUGCUCUGGUUGGAAAUAACCCCCCAACGGCGUACCCGGAGUACGUGCUGCAGACGGGGCCGGACGCCGGCAAGUACAUCCUGCGGGAGGCCUCGUUCUGGACCUGCGGCUUCUUCCCGGGGAGCAUCUACUCCCUCAUCGAGAGGCUCGUCAAGUUCCCGCAGACCAUGCCGGGCGGGGAAGACAAGGCGGCCCUGCUCUCGAAGCUGUGGUCCCUCGGCGCCGCGUGGUCGGAGCCGCUCCACGCGACGGCCAGGCGGACGGACACGCACGACAUGUCGUUCAUGAUCCAGCCCUCGAUGAGGGUCCGGUGGGAGGUCGCGCAGGACCGGCGGGCGCUGGAGGCCAUCGUGACGGCCGCCCGGGCGCUGCGCACGCGGUACAACGCCACCGUCGGCGCGAUCCGGUCGUGGGACGCGCUGACGCAGCACGGGGUCGACAUCACGAGCCUCACGGACGACUUCCUCGUCAUCAUCGACUCCAUGUGCAACCUCGACCUGCUCUACUACGCGGCGGCGCACACGGGCGACGCCGACCUCGCCGAGGCGGCCACGACGCACGCCAGGACGCUGAUGGCGGCGAACCUGCGGCCCGAGACGGACCCCCGGGGCGUCGUUCAAGGGAAGCUGUACAGCACCAUCCACGUCGUCAACUUCGACCCCAAGGACGGCGGCGUCAAGGAGCGGCGGACGGGGCAGGGCUACGCCGUCGAGUCGACGUGGGCGCGGGGCCAGGCGUGGGCGAUCCUCGGCUACGCGCAGACGUUCCUGUGGACCGGCGACGCCGAGUUCCUCGACGUCGCCCGCGGGCUGGCCGAGUACUUUAUCCUACGGCUCGAGACGUCGCCCGACUCGGUCGAGUUCCCCGUCGAGGGCGGCGGCGAGGGCGGCGAGCGCAGGACGAAGGGCCGGUACGUGCCGCUCUGGGACUUUGACGCGCCCAUCGAGAACGAGGCGUUCCCGCUGCGGGACUCGUCCGCGGGCGUCAUCGCCGCCAACGGCAUGCUGGUCCUCUCGCAGGCGCUGGCCGGGCGGGGUCGCGCGGCCGAGAGCGCCCGGUUCCGGGACAUGGCCGUCCGUAUCGUCGCGGACACGCUGGACUUCUCGCUGGCGGCGGAGAAGGCCGAGUUCGUCUUCGGUGACGGCGACAUCGGCACCAGGGACGUUGAGGAGGGCCGCACGUUCGACGCCGUCCUGAAGAACGCGACGGCGAACCACAACGCGCGCGACCACAAGCGGUACUGGGACCACGGCUUGGUCUACGGGGACUACUACUUGAUUGAGUUUGGCAACAGGUUGCUGAAGAUGGGGCUGGUGUAA